ACAAGCCGCCCCGGGUACCUGGAUGGAUUGAGAGCUGAAGUGUGAGAAACUUCAUAAUAAGUUGCCGAUGGCUACCAGCCAAGGCCGGAGGGCUGUUUUGCAGUUGUGUUGAGCACAUCACACAUUCAGGGUCCUUUAAAGACCUGGAUUGAUUAGAAGGACAAAAAUUAAAAGCAAUCGGAUCCAGCCUCAUGCCAGAUCCCCGCGGAUUCGCUCCUUAUCCCAUUUCCAUCCACUGUCACAAUUUGAGAGCCUGCCCGAUUUGAUCAGUUCACCUCCGGGAGAGGUGUAAAGCCCGGGUUUGGAGGACGCCAAGUUAUGGGCACCUUUCUGAUGUGCCCAUCAGCAGUCUGAGAAACGCUGCUCUGGGUUUUCCGCAUCGGCCUCCGGGAAGAAACAAGUUCCCGGUUCUCUGCGACCCUGCGGUCAGUGCUCGAGGCCCCGGGACGUCCAGCCCCCACUGCCUGGCAGAUGUGGCCCUUCCAUGCUGAGGCCGAGAGUCCCGCCUGACCCAGCCGCCGCCUCUCCAGGGCCUCUCCGGGCCACGCCCCUGCGGACUCUACAGCCAUGCUGCCCCUUCUGGCUCUGUUCCUGCACUGCCUCCCACUGGCCUCUGGGGACUACGACAUCUGCAAGUCCUGGGUGACCACGGACGAGGGCCCCACCUGGGAGUUCUAUGCCUGCCAGCCCAAGGUGAUGCGGCUCAAGGACUACGUCAAGGUGAAGGUGGAGCCCUCAGGCAUCACGUGUGGGGACCCCCCUGAGAGAUUCUGCUCCCACGAGAACCCCUACCUGUGCAGCAACGAGUGUGACGCGUCCAACCCGGACCUGGCCCACCCGCCGCGGCUCAUGUUCGAUGCGGAGGAUGAGGGCCUGGCCACGUACUGGCAGAGUGUCACGUGGAGCCGCUACCCCAGCCCCCUGGAAGCCAACAUCACCCUCUCGUGGAACAAGAGCGUGGAGCUGACGGACGACGUGGUGGUGACCUUCGAGUACGGCCGGCCCACGGUCAUGGUCCUCGAGAAGUCCCUGGACAACGGGCGCACGUGGCAGCCCUACCAAUUCUACGCCGAGGACUGCAUGGAGGCCUUCGGCAUGACCGCCCGCCGGGCCCGCGACCUGCCCGCCUCGGGCGCCCACCGCGUGCUGUGCACCGAGGAGUACUCGCGCUGGGCGGGCUCCAAGAAGGAGAAGCACGUGCGCUUCGAGGUGCGGGACCGCCUGGCCAUCUUCGCCGGCCCCGACAUGCGCAACAUGGGCAACCUCUACACGCGCCUGGAGAGCGCCAAGGGCCUCAAGGACUUCUUCACUGUCACGGACCUGCGCAUGCGGCUGCUGCGCCCGGCGCUGGGGGGCACCUACGUGCAGCGGGAGAACCUCUACAAGUACUUCUAUGCCAUCUCCAACAUCGAGGUCAUUGGCAGGUGCAAGUGCAACCUGCACGCCAGCCUGUGCUCCGUGCGCGAGGGCAGCCUGCAGUGUGAGUGUGAGCACAACACCACGGGCCCCGACUGCGGCAAGUGCAAGAGGAACUUCCGCACGCGGUCCUGGCGCGCUGGCUCCUACCUGCCGCUGCCGCAUGGCUCUCCCAACGCCUGCGCUGCCGCAGGCUCCGCUGUUGGUAUUGUGGGCACCUUUGCUGCUGCCCCUGCCCCGGCUUCCAGACCUUUCCAGCUCAAGCCCAAAUCUGCUGAAGUGGUGCCCAUUGAAGAAUUCCAAGACUGUGAAUGUUACGGCCACUCCAACCGCUGCAGCUACAUCGACUUCCUGAACGUGGUGACAUGUGUCAGCUGCAAACACAACACGCGGGGCCAGCACUGCCAGCACUGCCGUCUGGGCUACUACCGCAACGGCUCCGCCGAGCUGGACGACGAGAACGUGUGCAUCGAGUGUAACUGCAACCAGAUCGGCUCCGUGCACGACCGGUGCAACGAGACCGGCUUCUGCCAGUGCCGCGAGGGUGCAGCGGGACCCAAGUGCGACGACUGCCUCCCGACGCACUACUGGCGCCAGGGCUGCUACCCCAACGUGUGCGACGACGACCAGCUGCUCUGCCAGAACGGCGGCACCUGCCUGCAGAACCAGCGCUGCGCCUGCCCGCGCGGCUACACCGGCGUGCGCUGCGAGCAGCCCCGCUGCGACCCCGCCGCGGAGGACGGCGGCCUGGACUGCGACCGCGCGCCCGGGGCCGCCCCGCGCCCCGCCACCCUGCUCGGCUGCCUGCUGCUGCUGGGGCUGGCCGCCCGCCUGGGCUGCUGAGCCCGGCCCCGGAGGACCCUGCGCCCUGCGCCCGGGGGUGGGGUGGGGGCCCUGGGGGCUCGAGGGCCCGAGGGGCCGGCGCCCGAGGCCGGGCGGCGAGAAGGGUGCGGCCCGAGCUGCUCCCAGGUGCUACUCAGCAGAGUCCUCCCGCCGCCUCCCGCCGCGGUGUGUGCGUGGCACCUGCCCUCGCCCCGGCACUGCCCUCCGCCGCCGCACGGUGGCGCUGUGGGGGCUCUGGCCCAGCAGCCUGCGAUUUGGGUCUUAGUUUUUCUUUUGUAUUACCCGCCGCCCCCACUUUUUUUUUUUUUUUUUUUUGCUGGUGGUGAGACAGGGGGUGGGGAGAAAUGCUGCUCACCUCAACACCCCCGGGUCUGCCUCCCAACACACACACGCACACACACACACACACACACACACACAUAUGCGACUGUUGCAGACACCCCUGCGCCUGUCCCUGGCUUACCGUAGGCCAGCGGACCCCGGAACUCCUGUUGCCUACAACUCUUCUUUGUUUUCCUUUGCAAGCCACCAGACUCCGUGAGGCCUGGUGACCAAGGAACUCACCGUCUGGGGGAGGGAGUUAGGAAGGAGGGUUGGGAGGGCUGGAAACUUUGUUUUGUAGAGAACUAUUUUUGUUUGUAUUCACCGUCCCCUCUAAGGAGGACUCAAGCCGGAAUAGGUGGUUGAUGGUGUCUAACCCCACAGAGUAAAGAGUCUGCUCACUGCUGCC